ACCACUUUGAUCGGUUUAGGGUUUAAGUCGUUAAACCCAGAACAAUCCGUCCGAUUCGAAAUCUCCAGCGAAGAAGAAGAACCAAAAAUGGCGAAUUCAUCAAUGGCUACGCUUUCGCGAAGACUCUAUCGAUCUCUUCUCUCUAACCCCAGACUCUCUCAGCAGGCCUCCAUGUCAUUCAGCACCAACAACAUCUCAGACUUAUCGGACACCGAGUCUCCCUUCGAAACGAAGGCUUCAGGUUCAAAAGAUCGAGAAGAACGCGUGAUGGAGGAGCGUCCACUCGAGAACGGCCUUGACUAUGGCGUCUUCAAGGCGAUAUUGGUGGGGCAAGUGGGGCAGCUUCCUCUGCAGAAGAAGCUCAAGAACGGUAGAACUGUCACUCUCUUCUCUGUAGGUACCGGUGGGAUGAGGAAUAACAGGAGACCGUUGAUCAACGAAGACCCGAGAGAGUAUGCUAACCGCUCUGAGGUGCAGUGGCACCGCGUCUCUGUUUACCCUGAGCGUUUGGCUGAGCUUGUCUUGAAGAACGUUGAGCCCGGCACACUUGUUUACUUGGAGGGUAAUCUUGAGACGAAGAUUUUCAGUGAUCCUGUCACUGGUUUGGUUCGGCGUAUUCGAGAAGUAGCCAUUCGUAGAAACGGGCGAGUUGUGUUUCUAGGAAAAGCCGGUGAUAUGCAGCAGCCAAGUUCUGCUGAGCUUAGAGGCGUUGGCUACUACUGAUUUGUCACACAAUUUGGUAUUGUUAGCUUUACUGUUUUUCUCUUUUUUUUGUGUCUUGAGGGUAUGUUCUAUUGCCAUUGGUCCUUUUACUUUUUGUGGCGAAUAAACCGAACCAAAACACACAGCAAAUACAUUUUUCUCUAA